AUGAACGUGUUACUAUUACUAGUGGUGAUUUCCCUGUCUAAAGCCUUAGUCACCGAACAAGGACACAGUCCGAUUUUAGCCGCAAAUUUGGUGACGACGGAGCGUGAUUCAGUCGAGUUGUCAAAGCGUAUUCAAGUGAACGAAGACCGUGAACGACUCUUGAACGACCAGCUUCAAAUGCAUUAUCGUGACUUACGUCUUGCUGCAAAUCCAACAACACGCGCACAACUUGAGCGUGGCAUAGAGUCCAUUCUGAGUGAAUUAAAAGUUCUACGUGCGGCAUCACGCAAGUUUUUGGAUAAGUUGCGACUGAUUGCCGACGGCUUGGUUGGUGUUGAGCGUAAUGAGUUCAUCCGUAAGCACCGUCUCGAGAGAUUUGUGGGUGAAUCGACUAAGGUGAAGACCACAAAGAUUUUGCGACAACAGAACAAAGAGAUCCGUAAAGUGGCGAAGAAGUCUGCACGGAAAUACGGCAAAAUUGCUGCAAAGGCGGCAGGAAAGAAGGCGGCCGUUGAAGCGAAGAAGAAGUUUGGAGAGGACAAACAGAAGAUCAAGAUGGAGAAGAAGAAGGCGGAGAAGAGUGUUUAUAAGAAGGCGUUCCGUGCGAUCAUGAACGAGGUGAAGAGUGUGGGAGUUGGUAUGAGGAAGGACCAACUGGAAAAUAAGUCUGCAGAGAUCGUCUUAAAUACCGUCAAAAGUGACAACCCCAAGAUUGCGAUUGACCCGAAGGAAAUGAAGAAAGCCGUUUCGCACGUUGUCAAAUCUGAACUGAAAAAGAAUUUGAGUAAAAAAGAGAUGAAGGAGUUGUCAAAAUCCGAGAAGGCGGAACAAAAGGAGAAGAAAGCGGAGAAAUCGAAGAUUGAGAAGAAAAAGAAGAGUAAAGCGGAACGAAAGGCCAAAAGGGCGGCGAAAAAAGCGGAAAAGAAAAUACAAAAACAGACUUUAGAGGUCAAGAGACAAGAAAUUAAAAUGCAGAGAGAACUCAACAGAGAAAGAAUGAACAGCGCAAACGCCGUGAGAGUGAAAAAGGCGCCAAAAAUCAAAAACCCAGUGAGAGAAACGAAAAGAGCCAUUGAGAAGACUGUUGACAAAGUCGAGAAGAGAGCAAAACGUGAAGGUUUGAAACCCAUGAAACAUCAACUCAUUCAACGGAAACAAUUGCCGGAUCCAUUUGAAGGAGCUCCAACCGUCAGACAACUUGAGAUCCAAGAUAAUAUCAAACAAAAAAAGGCCGAAGAAGUCAAACAAAAAAUGAGAAACCAACUCUUUGAACCACAGUUUGAAACCCCUCAACAGAAUUAUAACCCAACCUAUCAAUAUGGACCUAUGAUGGGAUUCAACGAACAAAGAGCGUACAUGGACUCGCUCUUCCAGAACUACGAAAUGCCCCCCGUCUUUGCUGAAAACUACCAAGUCGAUCCAAUGGUGUUGGACAACUACUACGGACAGCUCUUAAUGUAA